AUGCCCGCACCAACAGGGAGUGCAGGUCACUGCACGGGCAGCGUACAGACGCCGGUGAAGCAAGAGCCGCCCAAAGCGACUUGCCGCGGGUCUCCUCUGAGCCGCGCAGGCAUGCCGCCGAGAGCACGGGCGGGCACUUCCGCACCUUCCGCUAUGUGUGCGACAGAGGACGGGCCCGAUCAGGCAAAUGACGAGCCAGCGGACGGCGCUGCUGGCGUCGACUUGGGAGUGAUCUCCCAGCUCCUCAUCCGCGUGCUGAAUGGCGCUGCGGGGCCGGCCCUCAAGACUGGUGGAAACCCUGGAGCAGCAGCAGAGUUGCUGGUAGUCCUGCAGAAGCUUCAAACAUCGCCGAUGGCAGGCAUUGCGACCACGGAGGCGAAGAGGGCGGCACCUGCACCGCCCGCUGAUGGGAAGGGCGCCGCACGCGGGAAACAUGCCGUCGACCGUGUGGGAGAGAAGGUCGCAGCUGGGGCGACCCAUACUGGCGCGGAUCAUCUCUAUCCGACACGCCGUUCAACGCCACUUGCGGGGGUGGAUGACGUUCCUGGCCCCGGUGUGUACGCCAAGCUGGCACUGAAGCUAUUGCUACGCAGGUGUCGGGCGCGUGGAGUGACCUACUUCCCCAACUUCAGCAGUCGCUGUUACGCUUUGAAGACAGAUCUGAGGAGGGACUACGACGUGUGCUACCAGGACGUCGUGGUGAUGAUGGAGGACAAGAACUACAGCUUGCGGGUCAACAAGGUGUGGGCGAAGUUUAGGACUGACUCGUCCGCGAUUGCGAGGCGCACGUUGAUCGAUGGCCUCGAGAUAAAAGUGGAUGCAACCGGUUACUUCAAAAUCGAGUUACCGGUGAAGGUGAAGGAGGAGCUGUAUGACCGUUACGCGCCCUAUAAGUGCUUGCACCAUACCUCCAACACGGCCCUGGGGUGCUGGAUACUGGAGAACGUUGGGCAGGAUGUACCCAACUGGAGCCAUGAGCCGAAGGAUCGUCGUCCGUUCACGAGCGAGAUCUUCUAUGAGGCAUGUGUGGCGGCGUAUCCGGAGUGGGAGAUGGAGGGGAUCAUGCUGGACUAUGGCCUGGCCAACCACGAGACAGAGGCCAUGUGCUUCUCAGGGGGGCCCGUGGAGCAUGAGAAAAGAAUGAAGGAUGCUGCGAAGCUGGUGUGGAAGGUCGUCAAGAAAUGGCUGGGGAUUAGCCAGGGGGUGUGGUAUGACGAGGAGGUGGGGGCGCUUCAGUGGGGGGACUAUGGGCUGUAUGUGAACAGCAGUGGGUUCACCGAGUUUAUCCCUAACAAUGUGGACUCGCUUGUUGUGAGAGAUUCCCUCUGGCUGGAAGCAUGA